AUGCGGGAAGGGCGCUCACGUCUCUCCUUCAUUGCUGAGUUGCGCAACGUGACAGCUUGUCAGUCUAACCAGCCGAGCAGCGAAGACGAUGCCAUCAAAGUUUUUGUCCGCAUCCGUCCGCCUGCAGAGGGCUCUGGGCCAGCCGACGGGGAGCAGGGCUUGUGUCUGUCCGUGCUGUCCGCCACGACUCUCCGGCUGCUCUCCAACCCGGAGCCCAAGACCUUCACGUUUGAUCACGUUGCAGACAUGAGCACCACGCAGGAAUCUGUAUUCUCAACUGUGGCCAGAAGCAUCGUGGAGUCCUGCAUGAGCGGCUACAAUGGCACCAUCUUUGCAUAUGGACAGACUGGCUCGGGGAAGACGUUUACAAUGAUGGGACCAUCUGAAUCUGAUAAUUUUUCUCAUAACCUGAGAGGAGUAAUUCCACGAAGUUUUGAGUAUUUGUUUUCCUUAAUUGAUCGUGAAAAAGAGAAGGCUGGCGCUGGCAAGAGUUUCCUGUGCAAGUGCUCCUUCAUUGAGAUCUACAACGAGCAGAUUUAUGACCUGCUGGACGCCGCGUCGGCUGUGCUGUACCUCCGCGAGCACAUCAAGAAAGGCGUCUUCGUCGUGGGGAUGGUGGAGCAGGUGGUGACCUCAGCCGCCGAAGCCUACCAGGUGCUGUCUGGGGGGUGGAGGAACAGACGUGUGGCCUCGACAUCGAUGAACAGAGAGUCCUCCAGGUCCCACGCAGUCUUUACAAUCGCAAUAGAGUCGAUGGAGAGAAGCAAUGAGGUCGUGAACAUACGAACCUCCCUGCUCAACCUGGUGGAUUUGGCAGGGUCUGAAAGGCAAAGAGAUACCCACGCAGAGGGAAUGCGGAUGAAGGAAGCAGGUAACAUAAACCGGUCCCUGAGCUGCCUGGGCCAAGUGAUCACCGCACUAGUGGACGUGGGCAAUGGAAAACAGAGACAUGUUUGCUACAGAGACUCCAAACUUACCUUCUUACUCCGGGACUCCCUGGGUGGCAACGCCAGGACCGCCAUCAUCGCCAACGUCCAUCCCGGCUCCCGGUGUUUUGGGGAGACCCUGUCCACACUUAACUUUGCUCAAAGAGCCAAACUGAUUAAAAACAAGGCAGUGGUCAACGAAGACACCCAAGGGAACGUGAGCCAGCUGCAAGCUGAAGUGAAGAGGCUCAAGGACCAGCUGGCCCAGCUCACUGCAGGGCAGAUGCUGCCAGAGGGCUCGCUUACCAGAGAGAGGGCUGACUACAUGAAGUAUUUCCAGGAGGCCAUGUUAUUCUUUAAGAAGUCUGAACAAGAAAAGAAGUCUCUGGUAGAAAAAGUUACGCAGUUGGAAGACCUCACUCUCAAAAAGGAAAAAUUCAUCCAGUCGAAUAAAAUGAUCGUGAAGUUCCGAGAGGGCCAGAUCACGCGGCUGGAGAGGCUGCACCGGGAGUCCCGGGGACACUUUCUGCCCGAGGAGCAGGAGCGCUUGCUCUCCGAGCUCAGGGACGAGGUCCAGACCCUCCGAGAGCAGAUCGAGCACCACCCCAGGGUGGCAAAGUAUGCCAUGGAAAACCACUCCCUCAGGGAGGAGAACCGACGACUGAGGUCACUGGAGCCGGUGAGAAGAGCCCAGGAAAUGGAUGCCCAGACCAUUGCGAAACUAGAAAGGGCUUUCCUCGAAGCGUGUGGCACAGAGAGGAGCAGUAAAGGUCAGCAAGGAUUUUCUCCUAAAGCUUUGAAAGAACCAGGUUCCUUUGCAAACACUGAGAAGUUAAAAGCACAACUCCUGCAAGUUCAGGCAGAGCUCAAUAAUUCAAAGCAAGAAUAUGAAGAAUUCAAAGAACUAACCAGGAAGAGGCAGCUAGAAUUGGAAUCAGAGCUUCAGUCUUUGCAGAAAGCGAACCUUAAUCUUGAAAACCUUCUGGAAGCAACCAAAGCCUGCAAGCGGCAAGAAGUUUCCCAGCUGAAUAAAAUUCACGCCGAAACACUGAAGACUAUAACUACACCAACCAGGGCUUAUCAGCUUUGUUCUCGACCGCUGUCAAAACUCAGCCCCGAAACGGGACCCUCCUCGCACAUUCAGAGCCCUGGCAUCUUAGAGGACGGCAUAGCGGACGAGCCAGUGCCCCCAGAGAUGAGCGAGCAAGCGUUCGAGGCCGUAUCUGAAGAGCUUAAAGCAGUGCAGGAACAGAUGGGCGCUCUUCAAGCCAAGUUGGAUGAAGAAGAGCACAAGAAUCUGAAGCUUCAGCAGCAAGUGGACAGACUGGAGCACCAUUCCACACAGAUGCAGGAGCUUUUCUCAUCAGAAAGAAACGAGUGGACCAAGCAGCAGCAAGAACAUCUCUCGCAAUUGAAUGUCCUUGAAAAGCAGCUUCGAGACGCCCAGACUAAGAGUGACUUUUUGAAAAGUGAGGUGCAUGACCUGCGAGUCGUGCUGCAUUCUGCCGACAAGGAGCUGUCUUCGGUGAAGUUGGAGUACAGUUUAUUCAGAGAGGGUCAGGAGAAGGAGCUCGGCAAGCUUUCCGAGAGACACCUGCACACACAGCUGCAGCUGGAUAGCGUCAGAUUAGAAAAUGAAAAGCUUCUUGAGACCAAAACCAGCCUGCAAGAUUCCUAUGACAACUUACAAGAAGUGAUGAAGUUUGAAAUUGAUCAACUCUCCAAGAACCUCCAAAACUGCAAAAAUGAAAAUGAGACUCUGAAAUCUGACCUGAAUAACUUGAUGGAGCUUUUUGAAGCAGAGAAGGAACGCAAUAACAGGUUGUUGCUGCAGUUUGAAGAGGAUAAAGAGAACAGUUCUAAGGAAAUCGUGCAAGUCCUUGAGGCCGUGCGUGAGGAGAAGCAGCGAGAGAUGGCCAAGUGUGAGCAGCAGAUGGCAAAAGUGCAAAAACUUGAAGAAAGCUUGCUUGCGACUGAGAAAGUGAUCAGCUCUCUGGAGAAGUCUAGAGAUUCCGACAAGGAAGUUGUAGCUGACCUCAUGAACCAGAUCCAGGAGCUGAGGACAUCUGUCUGCGAGAAGGUGGAAACUAUCGACGCCCUGCAGCAAGAACUGAAGGACACACACUGCAGACACAACUCUGCCUUGGCUGAGAAAGAAGAGAGCAAAGAAUUGAUCAAGAGACAGGAGGCGGAUAUUCUGGAUCUCAAAGAAACUCUGAGGCUGAGAAUAAUCUCUGAGGACAUAGAGAGAGACAUGCUGUGUGAAGACCUGGCGCACGCCACCGAGCAGCUGAACAUGCUCACAGAGGCCUCGAAGAAGCACUCAGGGCUGCUGCAGUCCGCCCAGGAGGAGCUGACGCAGAAGGAGGCCCUGAUCCAGGAGCUUCAGCUCCAGCUGAACCAGAAGAAGGAGGAAGUCGAGCAGAAGAAGAACGAGUACAACUUGAAGAUGAGGCAGCUGGAGCGCGUGAUGGGCUCCGCGGCCGAGCACCCUCAGAGCCCUAGAACACCGCCUCACCUUCAGACACAUUUGGCAAAACUCUUGGAAACACAAGAGCAGGAGAUCGAGGACGGAAGAGCCUCCAAGACGUCUUUGCAGCACCUCGUCACGAAGCUCAAUGAAGACAGGGAGCUCAGGCACGCCGAGAUCCUCAGGAUGAAGGAACAGCUGUGUGAGAUGGAAAACCUGCGCCUGGAGCUGCAGCAGUUGAGAGAGAAAAAUUGGGUCCUGCAGAGUCAGCUGGAUGGCAUCCAAGGGCACGAGGCCAGCAGCGAUCAGAGUCACCCAGACCAUCAACGGCUGAAGAGUGAACAAGAGGCGGACAGCGAAAGACUUGCCCAAAGUAAAAUAGUCGAAGAAAUGAUGAAAAUGAAAACAGAGCUGGGCGCAGUCCACAGUGCCCUUCACAGCAGAGAGACAGACUGCCUGAGGAUGGCCGAAGAGGUGGGACGGAUCAGAGCCCUGGAGGCCAAAGCCUUCCAGGAGAAGGAAUUGCUGAGGUCGAAGCUUGAAGAGAUGUACGAGGAAAAGGAGAGGACACUCCAGGAGAUGGACAUGUUAAGGAAGCAGGUGGAAUGUCUCGCCGAGGAGAACGGCAAGCUGGUGGGCCACCAGAACAUGCACCAGAAGAUUCAGUACGUGGUGCGGCUCAAGAAGGAGAGUGUCAGGCUCGCCGAGGAAAAUGAAAAGUUGCGGGUUGAAAAUCUGUUUUUAAAAGAAAAGAAAAAGAAUGAACCGUAAGGAUCCGGGUCUGCUACCUGGGCAUCAUCAGGCCUGGAGAUGUUUCUGUUGUGAAGAGAGACCUACCCUGAGCUCUUAGUCUAGCCGCGCUCGGGCGGGCCUGCAGGUCCACAUGCGGCAGUGGCUGGCCAUCCCACAUCGCGAGCAGGAAAUGCUCCCACACGUCCCUGUGUCAGCCAGCACUCUGCUGGGAGGGGGCCGCUACCUGUUUCAAGGCUUCAAGUCGCUUUAAAUACUGGGGGAAAGUUCGCAUUUUAAAAAUAAAACCUUUAGGAAGCUUAGCUAAAACCUCGAGCUAAGUAGAUGUGGUCAGGUCAUUUUCUCCUAGAGCCGUACCUCCCUAGAGUCCUGCAGAAAUUCUCGUAGCACGUGGUGCUUUCAGAGCGCGCUGCAAGUCGGAUGGCCGAUUCUGCGGCAUGUCUGAGAAGCAGCUUCGUUAAUAUAGAUUAUUUUUGUAUUCUGUUUUCUCACAGAUAUUUCUAUGACUGUAAAU